AUGGAGGAUGCAGGCAAGAAAGUUGUCAAAAGAUCAGCCAUGGGGAGAUCAAGAAAAGGGUGCAUGAAGGGCAAGGGAGGGCCUGAGAAUGCUCUAUGCUCAUACAGAGGUGUGAGGCAAAGGACAUGGGGGAAAUGGGUGGCUGAGAUCCGAGAGCCCAACCGCGGAGCCAGGCUCUGGCUAGGCACCUUCAACACUUCUUAUGAGGCUGCCAUGGCCUACGACAUGGCCGCGCAAAAGCUCUAUGGUCCCUCAGCCAAGCUCAACUUGCCACAUGACUCGUCACCACUUUCCACCACCCCCACUGCCACAACCUCUGCAGUGCCCUCUAACUUUGAUGGUGUUGGAGGGCGGACUGAAACGGGUAAUUCGGUGAAGACUACUACCUCCAAUUGGGUGUGUGGAGUACAAGAGGUGAAGUAUGAUCAUGAGGAAAAUUUUUGGGAGAGCUCAAGCAUGUUUGAUGAGAUCCAAACUGAAAAUUGGGUUGAGUUUCCAAUAGAGGGUGACCCUUUUGGGAUCGACAAUCUUGGAACUGGGGUGGAUGGAGAAGAAGUCAUGGAUUGGGAUGGAGUAUAA